AGUACUUACGUUCAACAAGGGGACAGAUUGUGGGAUCAGUCAUCUCUCGACCAGCAACACAAGAUGAAGAUCGAAGGCUCUGUUGCGUUUAUCACCGGAGGGGCCAUGGGGGUGGGGAAGAACGUGGCAGAAGCUCUACUGAAAGAAGGAGCUAAGGUGGCGUUAGCGGACAUUGCCGCAGAGCAAGGGGAGGCAACUGCGAGUGACUUCAGAAAGGCGUAUGGAGAAGACAGGGCCUUUUUUGUCAAAUGUGACGUUGGUGACGAACAGUCUUUUAAGGAUGCCUUUGCUAGCGCCGUGUCGAAAUAUGGCAACAUAGAUCUUAUGCUGAACAACGCUGGCUUGGUGAACGAGAAGAGAUGGCAGAUGAUGUGCUCGGUCAAUAUUAGCGGGGUGGUGAAUGGAACCCAGCUAGCCGUGGAGCACAUGCGCAAAGACAAGAGGGGUCGCGGUGGCGUCAUCAUCAACACCGCCUCCAUGGUCGGCCUUGUCACCAGGUUCGUGUUUCCAGUCUACGUGGCCUCUAAACAUGCUGUGGUCGGCUUCACCAGCAGUUGGGCGAAAAACCCUUACCUCGGGGACAUGGGACUCCGGUUUGGGACAGUGUGUCCCACAGCAGUAGACACAGCCUUCCAGAAGUUCAAGGACGAACAGUUACUGUAUCCAGACGAGUUCAAGGAAAUGCUCAAAGCUAUUUCUCUUAUGGGCGUAGACCAGGCAGUUGAUGGCUUCAUGAAAAUCAUCAAAGAUGACGACAGCAACGGCAAAAACUUAGCAAUCACCAAGGAAGGCUCAAAGUACGCCCAUAACGAACUGGUCGACGGCUAGAACCGCCAUUAUAGAUGGCUAAGUAUCCUUGACACGUCACAUUCGAAACGUCCGGGAGAAGGUGUGAUGGUGAUUGAGAGUUAUCUGCCCGUGGAUGCCGAUGGCCGGAAGAAGAACAGCUUUUUUACUUCAUUUCCAGAACUCGCAUUAUCAGGUAGAGAGUAAGGUCGUCUAUCAACAUAUAUAAUUAGUUUUCGUAUGAUACAGUUACGUAAUUAUAUUUACACACACAUCUUCUUGGACUAAGAGAAUAAACAUAACGACAAUGGAUUUCGUAUGCCAUGAAACAAAUAGCGCAAGUAAGAUGUGAAAAUGCUGUAGAAUAAACAAAAUGUCAUAUUUGGA